AUGGAUAUCGUUGGUAUGGUCACGCGUCUACCGACGCUCGUCUUCGGAGCGUCGCGUUGUGAUGAUAGUUUCGCAGAUCGAUUGUCGUAUAAAUAUACAGUUUUAGUGCUUGUUCUCUUUGCAAUUAUUGUUACCAAUAAGCAAUUCGGCACCAAACAUAUUCAAUGUUGGGUUCCUGCACAGUUUACGAAAAACUACGAGGAAUAUGUCAAUGACAUAUGUUGGGUAUCGAAUACAUAUUAUAUACCUCUUGAUCAUAAAGUACCAAAAUACGAUCGUGAACGACGCCAGAAUGAAUUACGAUACUACCAAUGGAUACCAUUUAUACUUCUUCUCCAAGCAUUUUGUUUCUAUUUUCCACAUAUUGUUUGGCGUUCACUAUCACGUCGUAGUGGUAUCGACGUUCGUGAUAUUGUUGAUGCAGCUAUUAAUUACAAAUCUGUCGAUACGGCCACGAAAGACGAUAAACAUAAAAGUGAAUUAAUGGAGUAUAUAGUUGAAGCAAUUGAUAAAUAUGUCGAUGAUCCGCGUCGACAAGCUGAAGAACGUGACAAACAUAUGAAUUUAAAACGCAUCUUCAUGACUGUUUGUAUAUUUAUGGGUAAAUAUUUGGGUAAUUACUUGAUUAUCGUCUAUUUCACCACGAAAGCAUUGUUUAUAACAAAUGCUGUAUGUCAAAUCUUUCUGUUGAAUUUAUUUCUUGGACAAGAAUUUCAUCUAUUCGGAAUUCAAGUUGUUCAACGAAUUCUUCAAGGACGAGGAUGGGAUACACAAUCGAUCUAUUUUCCUAAAGUGACUCUGUGCGAUUUUCAAAUUCGGGAAGCACUUCACCCAAGAGAUUCACAUCGCUAUACAGUUCAAUGCGUUCUCCCACUGAAUCUUUUCUCUCAACAAAUUUUUACCUUUAUUUGGUUCUGGUAUAUGAUGGUCUUCGUUGUUUCAAUAUUCGAUGUCAUCGUAUGGGUUACACGAUUUUUCCCCGACAAACAAUACAAUUAUAUUAAACGGCGUCUACAGUUGAUGAAACGUGAUACAGAUUUCAGCUCGCAUCCACCCGAGUAUAUGAAAGGAUGGUAUCGUGAGUUUAUAUUCGGGUAUCUUGAGCCAGAUGGAAUAUUUAUGCUUCGUCUUCUAUCCUCGAAUACAAGCGAUUUUGUUUGCACCGAGGUUAUCAACCAAUUGUGGCACGCAUUUCACACAAAAGAUUUGAAACACAUGAAGCGUAAACGUAAACAAGAAUUAGGUGGUGAACCAGUGAGAAAAGAAAUAGAACGGCAGAUUUCAGAUCCAGUCGAUUUGACCGAAUGUUACGAAUCCAUCCGACGUCGAACUUCCAGUGUUCCACCACCACCAUCGAUGCAUCCAGCAAGUCCAUCAACAGCGACGGAAAAAACAAAUAAUGGUUAUGGAUUAUUAACAUCCCGAAAGCCAUCCUCUCUUACACCGCUAGUCGAAGGCGAUGUAUAA